AUGGAAUAUUAUUUAUUAAUAGUUGUACUUUGUGUUGUCUUCAUUUGCUUAUAUUCAUAUUAUAAAUUUUACUUAAACACCAACGGCAACACUAAUAACUGCACCAACAAAGAUGAUAGCUGCAAAUCAAAAACCCAUAAUUCAUAUUCACUAAAUCAAAAUAAUAAUAAUUGGGCACAAUCACAUCAUCAAUCACAAUAUUCUACACCAAAUAAUCAAAAUAAUAAUAGGGCAUCACAAUAUAAUAAUAAUAUUUCGGCAACACAAAAUAAUUAUACUUGGGCACCAUCACAUAAUCAAUCACAACAUUCUUCACAAAAUAAUUGGGCAUCACAAUAUAACACAGAUUCACAAGAAUCAUACAGGGCACAACCAAACAACUAA